GCCGAGAGGAUCGAACACCUCUACAACAUCCCCGCGUCCAACGUCGGCGUCACUUACCGCGAUUCCGACGGCGACGAAAUCACUCUCAACACCGAGGAUGAACUCGCCGACUUCUAUCGCACCUCCCUUCGCGAUGGCGAAGUCAUCCGCUUCACCGUUCACGAUCUC